AUGUUUUUAAAUAAUAAAACUGCACAGGACGGGUUAAAUAUUUCUAAUUUAUUCGCAGAACACUUUUCUUCGGCCUACUCACACAUUUGUCCAUCAACUGAUGAUUUAAAGGUUACGAUCGCCGAUUGUAUUGAUCUAUCAAAAAUCGACAUUACUGUUCAAGAAGUUUUCUUAGCACUAGAAAAAUGUAAACUUAAUAGCUCACCUGGCCCUGACGGUAUUCCGGAAAUAGUUUUAAGCCAAUGUAGGUAUGCUUUAACGCUUCCUUUACACUACCUUUUUUCUCUGUCACUGUCUUCAGGCACAUUUCCAGACUUAUGGAAAUCCUCUUAUGUCCAGCCAGUUUUUAAAAACGGCGAUCGCUCUAAUAUUAUUAACUAUCGUCCUAUCAGCAUUAUGUCAUCAAUUCCUAAGUUAUUAGAAUCUAUUUUACUUCCUAAAUUAAACUUCUCUUUUUCUAAAUAUAUAAUUCCACAACAAUUUGGUUUUCGUCCACAUACUUCUACUUCUUCAAAUUUAGUUGCAUAUCAUAAAUAUUUAAUGGAUGUUAUUGAAAAAGGUGGUCAGGUCGAUGCUAUAUAUACUGACAUUAGUAAAGCGUUCGACACUAUUAACCACGCUGUGCUGAUUCGUAAGUUAGAGUUGAUGGGUGUUAAUAAUCUCAUGUUAAAAUGGUUUAGUUCAUAUAUAUCUUGUAGAUCUCAAAAGGUAAGGCUUCACGGUUAUGUUUCUAAUAAUAUCUCUAUCCCCUCAGGUGUCCCACAGGGAGGUCAUAUUUCACCACUACUUUUUAUAUUGUACAUGAAUGACGUUGGCUUAGUUUUUAAACAUGCACAGUUUAGUAUGUUUGCCGAUGAUUUAAAACUAUUUUAUAAUAUUAAUUCAUUAGAUGAUGGCUCUAAAUUACAAGACGACUUUGAUAAUUUCAAAGCCUGGUGCUAUAAUAAUGGUUUACAAGUUAACAUUAAUAAAUGCAAUUCCAUCUCUUUUUAUCGUAACAAAUCUCCGUUCAAUAUUGCUUAUUACUCCGACAAUUACCUUUUACCUAAAGUGGACUCUAUUAAAGAUCUUGGAGUUAUUUUUUCUAGUUCACUCUCUUUUACUGCGCACAUUCAAUCAAUAACUAUAAAAGCAUCACGAUCACUUGGCUUUAUUAUCAGAAACACUCGCGAUUUUAAUAACAUUGUAUCAUUAAAAAUUCUUUAUUUCGCUCUAGUACGUUCAGUACUUGAAUAUUGCUCCAUUUUGUGGAACCCUUACCAACUUGUAUGGAUAAAUAAAAUCGAAAGAGUUCAAAAUAAAUUCCUAAGAUUUAUUAAUACAAAAAUUCCUAACAAUUGCAUAAUAAUUGAUCAUUGCUAUGAACCACUUAGAAGACUGGUUAAUAUCAACUCUCUAAGUUCAAGACGUCUAUAUUUUGAUGUCAUAUUUAUUUACAAAAUCUUACAUGGCACUAUAAAAGAUAGUUUUCUGCUCAGCCAAAUUAAUUUAUCAGUUCCUACAUUUAAUUCUAGAAGCCGGCCGACCUUCCACAUUCCUAGUCACAAAACACUUUACGGUUUUUUUUCCCCUAUUAACAGAGCAUUAGUCUCCUGUAACAACCUACAAAACAAAUUUGAUAUUUUUCAUUCCUCUCAAAAAGCGUUGCAAAAUAAUAUAUUUUCUUUCUAA